AUGCCCUUAACUCUUGGAACUUAUUCGGUAGUUGGAUUGGUUGCUUUCCUAGCAAUCAGAAGAUCUAAGGCAAAAAAACCUGAUCCGUUUACUUCCAGUCCACCAAUCAAUGCGUCUUCAGUUGAAGAGGAAUUGUUCAUUAAAGAAUUUAUGAAAAUUGUUGUUAAUUGGAGUAAAAAGAAGCACGAGUUGGAAGUUGACACAGAUGAGUCAGUUGAAAUAUUUAAAUCUCAAAUCUAUACAAUGACAGGAGUAGCUCCAGAAAGACAAAAAAUUAUGACUAAAGGAGUAUUAUUAAAGGAUGAUACUGAUUUUAAUACUUUAAACAUCAAAGAGGGACAAAAAUUUAUGAUGACGGGAACUAUUGGAGAAUUGCCAGAAGUGCCACAUCAAAAAACUUUAUUUAUUGAAGAUAUGUCAGACCAACAGUUAGCAGAAACUAUUACUAUCAGUGACCAAGACAAUCAAAGAAACUUGGUCAUGUCUUUAUGUGAACUUUACAACCAAUUGAAUCUGACAACUGAAGGAUAUUCACCAUGGAACUUUUUACAAACAUUACGAACAGCUUUUCCUCAAUUUGCACAGCGUAAUAAUCACGGAUUUAUGCAACAAGAUGCCGAAGAAUGCUGGUCUCAAAUUGUGUCUUCAUUGAAUGGUCAAAAUCUUCUUUUAUCUCAAAAUGCUGCUGCAGAAGAAGGAUCAUCAACUUCUAGUACGCAAUCUUCAUUUGUUGAGAAAUAUAUGACUGGUGAAUAUACUUCUAUUUUAAAAUUAAAACAUGAUGGGGAUGAUAAAGAAGCAGCACUAGAUGAAGAACCUGCAUUAGAUGAAGAACUUGAAAAACAUUCACCUACACUAAAUCGACAAGCUAAAUAUACUAAAAAGUCACGUAUUAGUCGUCUGCCUUCAUACCUUACGGUUCAUUUUGUGAGGUUUUUUUGGAAAAGUCAACAACAAAUGAGAGCAAAAAUCUUGCGCAAGGUUAUAUUUCCUUUUGAAUUUGAUGUCACAGAAUUUUGUACAGAUGAAUUAAAGAAAAAAUUAUCACCAGCAAAGAAUCGAUUGAUUGAAUUGGAAAAAGAAAGGGAAGAAGCUAAGAGAAUGAAAAAGCUCACCAAAAAUUCUGAUCAAAAGGAAAUAGAAGAAAUAAAAAAAAAAGAUGAGUCAGGUAUUGAAGAGGUUAAAAAAUUAAUUGACCCAGAUUUGGUAAAAGAUGUUGGAUCCAAUUUCACAGGAUUGUAUGACCUUUGUGCAGUCUUGACUCAUACUGGACGAAGCGCCGAUUCUGGACAUUAUAUUGCUUGGGUGCGCAAAGAUGAUAAUUGUAUGUAA